AUCUCAAACUAUCUCGAUUAAAAUAGGAUAUUAUAUGUCAAGUUACAUGAUCAUUAGCAAAACUUGAAAAAAUUAAGAGCAAGAACGUUUUUUUUUUCAAAGACCUACUCGACAACGAGUGCUUCAUCCGACAAAAUAAGGACACGAAUAAUUUCAUCCUCAAAAUAAUGGAUGGGCCUAAAAGUCUAAGUGGACUUGAAAGCGAAGCCAGCCCUUUUUCAAAACUUUCCAAUGCCCAAAAAUUUCCCGAAAAAUGUUAUUCAGUCCAAUUUAAUUUGUGGGCUGCUAAACUCUACUUUGGAUUAUCCCUAUUGUUUAGGCCGGAUUUUCCUUUCACCUCAUAAUUUCCCAACAAAUAGAUAAAAUUAGAAAAAAAGAGUUGAACCAAAAAAAAAAAAAUGCUGGCUUGUUCCACCUUCAAUCUCCGGGCCACAGCAACCGCGGCCAAUCCCGAUAUCUCCGAGCCAGAACCCCAGCCCAAAGUUCGGAAACUGAAGGGCAGCCCACAGCUCAACAGAUGGUACCGGGCACGAGCCUUAAGGUCGGGCCACAAACUGGAACGACCGAGCCACCGGACGGGAGCGCUUGAAGUGAACCACUUGGUUCAACGAGCUGGAGAGAGCCUGUCUUUGGAAUCCACUGCAACGGUCAGUGACAGCGGUCAUGAGGUGGAGGUAACAACAUCGGUGAAGCCAAUUUAUAUGGUAUCUGAUGGAACUGGGUGGACGGUGGAGCAUUCCGUUAACGCGGCGUUGGGGCAAUUCGAGCAUUGCUUGGUGGACCGUGUGUGCCCCGUAAAUACCCAUCUUUUCUCAGGGAUUGACGAUGUUGAGAGAUUGAUGGAGAUUAUAAAGCAGGCAGCCAAGGAAGGUGCAAUGCUUGUUUACACUUUAGCCGAUCCUUACAUGGCAGAGUCCGCCAAGCAAGCUUGCAAAUUGUGGGGUAUGCCAUCUACGGAUAUAUUGGGUCCAAUUACAGAGUCAAUUGCCGCUCAUUUGGGUGUCUCACCCUCCGGUCUUCCCCGGGGAGCUUCUGGGAGAAACUUUCCUCUUUCGGAUGAAUACUUUCGACGGAUUGAAGCUGUUGAAUUUACAAUCAAGCAGGAUGAUGGGGCUCUACCCCAAAACUUGUGCAAGGCUGACAUUGUUCUCACGGGUGUUUCUCGUACUGGGAAGACACCGUUAUCAAUUUAUCUAGCACAGAAAGGAUAUAAAGUGGCAAAUGUGCCUAUUGUGAAGGGAGUGGCAUUGCCAAAGGGACUUUUCGAGGUAGACCCUGAGAAGGUUUUUGGUUUGACUAUUAAUCCUUUGGUCUUGCAAACUAUUAGAAAAGCAAGAGCUAAGAGUCUGGGCUUCAGCAAGGAAGCAAGGAGUAACUAUUCAGAGAUGGAUUAUGUGAGACAGGAGUUGGAGUUUGCUCGCAGGGUUUUUGCCCAAAAUCCUGUCUGGCCAGUUAUUGAAGUGACAGAAAAAGCAAUUGAAGAAACUGCUGCUGUUAUAUUGAGGCUCUACCAUGAUCGGAAGCACAAGUGUUCAAUGCCAGGAAUCUCAAAACGUUACUAAUAAAGCAAUGAGAUGGCAAGUUCUUUGUUUUCAGGUAUGCUGGACAGCUGGAGUCUGAGGUUGCUGCCUCAUAGUUACAGAGAAUUACUUCGUAACUCAGAUGGUGAAUGGUUGGGAAAACAAGGUGAAAUAUAGCAAGUGUAUAUGUUUCUUCUUUCCAUCUCGAGUAUCAGUAUUUCACUGAUUAUGAACUUCAGUAACUACUAGUGUAUUACAGCCACAUAGUUUGCUUACGCAGUUUUUCUUCCUUUGUCUUAGUUGAACAUCUAAAGGUUGGCCAAAAGAAAAAACAUCUUAAGAUUCUCGUAAAGUAGCGGCUAUGUAUUUGUUACACGUGGUUAUAAACUCCAAUGGUUUAUCUAAAGUGACUACUUAACUUCAUCAUCUCCAAAACCUCAUAUAUUGGUUUUGUGGAGGUAAUUUAGUACCAGAAUUAUUGAGUGGUAGAUCUAACUUUUCUUUA